UUGAUUUGUUUGUGCGGCUUCUGUGACGGCCUCAUCAUACUCUUCUAACACUGAUUUAAAGGGACUUUUGAAAAUCAAGAUGGCAGAUAUCCAGGAUUCAAACCCAGAUAUAUACCUGACCGUCCCUCCACAGAAAGGGGAAAGGAAGCCCGGCCAACUAACUAAUGCACAACUCAAACAGUAUUUUGAAGAGGGUUGCCUCUUGGUACCAGAUUUCUUCAAACCCGAAGAGCUUGACCCAGUCCGUGAAGGAGUAAAAUCCAGUGUAGAUGACAUUGUAAACAAACUCUACGAUGCAGGCAAAAUCAAAGACAAGUACGAGAAUGUCGACCUGUUUCAGCGGAUGACGUGUGUUGAGAAAGAGUUCCCUGGUGCGGCCGUACUUCUACACAAAACUGGGAGCCUUCCGCGGAGUUUCAAAGAUCUGUGGUCAGAUGCGAGGUUGCUCAAUGUGAUGGAACAGCUGAUUGGACCGAACAUUGCUGGACAUCCCGUCUGGAAUCUACGCGUCAAGACACCCCAGAAUGAAGAAGCAGUCGUCCCUUGGCACCAAGAUAACGCGUACCUUGACCCUAGCGCCCUCAACGUACUUCAAGUGACAGCCUGGAUACCUCUCCUUGAUGUCACUGCUAAGAAUGGUUGCAUGCAGGUUGCUCGUAAGGGUCAUAGGAAAGGGGUGACGGCCAAGCACCGCUGCUGUGUGGGAGGCACGUGGUACGUCGAGGUCGAGGUCGAGGACAUGGUAGAAACACUCGGCGUCGAUAUGGACAAAGACCUGGUCACAUGCGAUAUGUCGUAUGGCGGCGUCCUCUUCAUGAACAAUUGCGUUCCGCAUCGCAGUCUAACCAACUUGUCCAACAAUAUCCGGUGGAGCCUCGAUCUGCGCUGGCAGCGACCCGAUAAACCAAACGGUUUCUACGGGAUCAAGGAUAGUGUUUUGAUGAGGACAGAAGGCGAUCCGAACUACAAACCAAAUUGGGAUGAGUUUGAAAGUACCGAUCACCAUUCUGUCGCUAAGGUAAUAAAAGAUCCCAAUGUGGAGAUUAAAAGCGAUGACGUCGAUUUCGAUACCACGAUUACGGGACCAUGGAUGCAGCGAUGGGAACUAGUCUUCCACAACAGACACACCCAAAACUUUAAACCAGAUGACGAGUUUAAUUGGGUGAAGGCUUAGGGGUCCUACAAAAUAAAUAGUCUGUCCGAUAUUCCUUUCUUUUCCAUAUACAUCAUAAUUUGCACAGACCUGAAGUAUGACUACAAAAUAUGCCCCCCCCCCCUCUUUGGACAAGACCCAUAAAAUGAGAGCUAGGAUUUGAAACACAAGUUGGGGCUAGAUAUAGAUAUCAGCAAUAAGGCUUAUAUACUGCAUAAUCCUUGAAGUUCUCUUGGAAAUUGUGUGACUUUAAGGACAUAACUGACAUAGGAAGGGUACCUAAAUAAUUCAUAAAUAUCCAACCCUGUCAUAAAUCCAUCUUUUAAACUUGAAGCUUGCAACAAUAGCAGACUACAAUCAUCCUGGUAUAUCGGGAAACGGUGGUAUUCCCCGGGUGGUAUAUAAACCAUCAAACCCAUCAUUAGGUAGAUAUUCAUUUAUAAGGUCGUUCCCCUCUCUCGUUCAUCGUUCGAUAUCACCCUUUAACUAUUUGAAUAUGCGAGUAGCCUUUAUCUCUAUUCUCAAUCUCCUCAUCUUAACUUUUCGUCUUAACAUCAACGUUAAUUUAAGCAACUCUCUUUAUAUAUAUAUAUAGGUAGAAUUGUGAUAUUGAAACAACGUGGGUUGAGAGUCGAAAGAAUAUUGAA